CCCCGAGUUUUUUCCGGGCACCAAAUUGUCACCGUCGCAGCGUCGCUGCCACUUUCGGUGCCCUCGUGCUCGGAGCCGGGGAGACCAUACGUGUCUGAGCUCUGAAGAAAGCACGCAGUCGUUCCGAAGAGAAUGGCCGGCAAAGCAAGUACGACGACGCCCUCGACGUACUCGCCGUCGCCGAAUCAGAGGAAGCGGCCGCCGCUCUUCAAGGACGGCGACCUCGACUGGGUCCGGCCUGAUGGCCGCGGAUUUCACCAGUGCAGGCCCGCUUUUUUCAGAACCGGCGCAGUUAAUGCUGCUGCUGGAUCUGCUUACGCUGAAUUUGGCAAUACCAAAGUCAUAGUGUCAGUAUUUGGCCCCAGAGAAAGUAAAAAGGCAAUGAUGUACAGUGACAUCGGCCGAUUGAACUGUAAUGUCAGUUAUACAACUUUUGCCAGUGCAGUUAGGGGACAGGUUUCGGAUCAGAAAGAGUCCUCGUCGAUGCUUCAUAAAGCUUUGGAGGGUGCAAUUAGGUUGGAAACUUUUCCGAAGACAACUGUUGAUGUCUUUGCACUGGUUUUGGAAUCUGGCGGGAGUGAUUUCCCUGUGGUAAUAUCUUGUGCUAGUCUUGCCUUGGCAGAUGCUGGAAUUAUGCUGUAUGAUCUUGUAGCUGCUGUUUCUGUGUCUUGUUUGGGUCCAAAUCUUGUCAUCGAUCCUAUAUCAGAAGAAGAAAGCUACCAAGACGGAAGUCUGGUGAUCACUUGCAUGCCUUCUCGUUACGAAGUCACCCAGCUAACCAUCACCGGCGAAUGGUCAAGUGCAAGGAUAAAUGAGAUGAAACCAGUCAAAACGAAACGGGAAGCACAUAAAUCCACAAAAGCUUAUAAGAACUUCUAGGCAAGGCUAUGCAGCUUUGCCUUGAUGCCUGCUCGAAGCUUGGGAAGGUCAUGAGAUCAUGCCUGAAAGAAGCUGCUUCCGCAUCCGAGGAGCCUUGAACCCCGUCUUCGUCUUUUACCCUUGGCUGUUCCGCAUUCUUUUUUGGUUGUUUAUGUCCGCAUGAUUUCGCAGAGAUUGCAAGCCGGGUCGUUGCAUAUAUUCUUCUUCAAGACAAGAAAAUGUCGGGAUGCUAACAUCUUUCGAUAGAAAAUUCCGGUCAGGCCACCGGAGCAUGCAUGUGAUUUCCCUGUUCCCUGGCUUCCCAGUUCUUGAGCUAUGUCUGGAACCUAGGACACAA